ACACAAAGCAUUCAACAGUCUAUCGCAAACGUGGUUAGGUGUGGAUGUCACAUCAUCAGCUUCUGAACCGUAGCUUUUUGUUAAUUACUCGUUCAACAUUUAUUCUAGGGUAUUCCAUAACCGUUACUGGAGAUUUUAUUUAUGAUCAUUAAUUGGUUUGCUUGUCCUUAUUUCGGCAACGAUUAAAAACUGCUUAUAGCGCAACUUGGGUCCUUUGACACUUCCAUGGUCUACUCACGUCAGACAAAGCGUCAGGUUGGACAGGUGGUGCGUGUGCCAAUUUCAGUAAAGACGUCCACAACAGGCUAUUAGGAACAGCGGCGGAACACAGGGGACUUUACUUCAGAUGUCCGUUGCUGAGAGCAGAGCUAAUAUCGUUUUACAACACGUAAGGAGAGAGACUUGGCUGUCGCACGUAACGUAACUGAGCGUGAGAGCGCACUGAGAAGUUGGCAGUCUCCAGUGCCAGAAGCUGUCAAGGAGAUGGUGGUCGACGCUCCAAGACUUUUCAGAGUGAAAGCUCCGAAUUCCAAAGAAAAUGCUUUACCCGCACCCCUUAAUAACAGUCCACCUGGGGACAUCCUUCGCAACUUCUAUCACACGAAAAGAGUUGGAAAUUACCUCAUUGGAAGAAAACUUGGAGAGGGCUCCUUCGCAAAAGUUCGAGAGGGUCUUCACGCUUUGACAGGGGAGAAGGUCGCAGUGAAAGUGAUUGACAAAAGGAAGGCCAAGAAAGACUCGUAUGUGACAAAGAACCUGCGGCGCGAGGGUCAAAUCCAGCAGAUGAUCCGCCACCCGAACAUAACGCAGCUGCUGGACAUCCUGGAGACGGAGAACAGCUACUACCUGGUGAUGGAGCUGUGCCCGGGCGGGAACCUCAUGAACCACAUCUACGAGAAGAAGCGCCUGGAAGAGCGGGAGGCGCAGAAGUACGUCCGGCAGCUCGUCAUGGCCGUGGAGCAUCUCCACCGGGCCGGCGUGGUGCACAGGUGAGAUCCUCAAAGAUCCCCUCAGUGUGUCUCACUCGACUCUCACAGCUAACUUUUUUUACUCAGUCCGUCUGUCUCUCUCUCUCACACACAAACACACACACACA